GGCGCUCCACAGUCGGUCAGUCAGUCAGUCGCAGCUCAGGAGCGCAAAAGGAGCGAGCGAGCGAGCGAGCGAGCGAGCAAGUGGAGCAAAUGGAAUUUAUCACAGGAGUCCGACCGUUGUUAAUAUUCACCUACGUGCUCAUUAAUGGCAUCCUCGUCACCCUGCAAAGCAAAGAAGAGGUGCUUUUGGACAUGAAGGCCACAGGAGGUGAGCUGGGCUGGUUGACUUGGCCUUUCGAGCAGGGAGACAAGCCCGGGUGGGAGGUGGCUCAGAAGACCCUGAACGGCUCUCAGUUGUACGCGUACUCUGUUUGCAACGUCGGCGAACGCGAGCAAGACAACUGGCUGCGCACCACCUUCAUCCAACGGCGAGCGUCUGCCUCGCGGGUCUUGGUGGAGCUCCAGUUCAUCGUACGCGACUGCAACUCCUUCGACGGCGCCUCCAUGACCUGCAAGGAAACCUUCAACCUCUUCACUUCCGAGUCGGACGUGGACGUGGGCACCACCUUCCGCAAGGGUCAGUUCAAGAAAGUGGCCACCAUCGCUCCGGACGAGAUCACCAGCAAGAACGAGAUGCACAUCAACACGGAAACGCGGGUGGUGGAGAACCUCUCUCGGAAAGGCUUCUACUUGGCCUUUCAAGACAUCGGCGCCUGCGUGGCUCUUCUGUCGGUCAGGGUCUACUACAAAACGUGCCCCGCCACAGUGAUGAGCCUGGCCUCCUUCCCCGAAACGGUGGCCGGCGGCGAGAACCAGGCCCUGAGGGAGGUGAACGGGAUAUGCGUGGAUAACGCCGUCAGCGAGGAGCUGCCUCGGGUCUACUGCACCGUGGAUGGAGAAUGGGUGGUGCCCGUCGGACAGUGCCAGUGCAAAGCCGGCCAUGAGAAAAUCCAAGACCUGUGUCAAGAAUGUCAGCCCGGCUUCUUCAAAGCGGAAGCUUCCGGUGAGACGUGUCAGCCGUGUCCUGCUAACACCCAAGGGUCGGGCUCCGGGGCUUUAUUUUGUUCCUGCGUGGACGGCUUCUUUCGGGCCCCCAGUGACCCCCCAACCGGACCCUGUUCAGGCCUCCCCUCUGCUCCCAAAGACCUCAUGGCCACCACCACGCAACUAUCCGCUGGAAAACUCCUGCUUUCCUGGAGCCCGCCAGAUGACAGCGGAGGUCGAACAGAUUUGACGUACAGCGUGGAAUGCCAACGCUGCGAGGGCGCCACCUGUCAGCCGUGCGGAGACAAGAUCCACUACGACCCAUCCAGCUCCGGCCUAACCGACACCAAGGUGUCAGUGAGCGAGCUGGACGCUCACCUCAACUAUACCUUCAUCGUGGAGGCUCACAGCGGCGUGUCCAUGUUAGCCAGUCCGGCAACGCCUUCCACCAGUGCUCUGACUACAUCUCUGCACUACACAGAACCCCCAAAAAUCACCUCCGUUCGAAUGGUGGAGAGAACGGCCACCAAGUUGUCCAUCUUCUGGGACGUGUCCCCCCGACCGCGUUUCCAACCUCGGCCCUUCCGCUACAAGCUGACCUAUCGCAAGAAGGAUGACAAUCUGGAUGUGACCACCUACACGGUGCUGAUCCUGGAGAAGAGUUCUGUCGAGAUCAGCGAUCUGGCCCCAGGCACGGCCUACCUGUUCCGGGUGCAGGCCGUCGGCAGUGACGGCAGUCCCGCAGGUUCCAGUGUGGAGGAACAGUUUGAAACCUCAUCUGCAGAACCGCUGACUCAGACCAACCCGGCGCUUAUUUUCGGCGUGCCGAUCGCAGGCGCGGCUGUCUUGUUCAUCCUGGUCCUGGUGGUCUUCCUCCGCAGACGGAAAAGAAAUUCUCACACCAGACAAGGACCGGAAGACGCAUACUUCUCUAGCUCGGAGCAACUAAAACCCCUGAAGACCUACGUGGACCCGCACACCUACGAGGACCCCAACACAGCCGUACUGAAGUUUGCCACGGAAAUCCACCCCAGCCACAUCAGUAAACAGAAAGUCAUCGGAGCUGGAGAGUUUGGCGAGGUGUAUCGUGGUAUUCUCAAAGUGCCAGGCAGGAAGGAAGUGGCCGUGGCCAUCAAGACGCUGAAGCCAGGCUACUCGGAGAAACAGAGGCAAGACUUUCUGGGCGAGGCUUCCAUCAUGGGUCAAUUCUCCCACCAGAACAUCAUCCGCCUGGAGGGGGUGGUCACCAAAUGUAAGCUUGACUUUUUGCACUUUUUGCAAACAUGCUUUCACUUGUUUGUGAACAUGCUUUUAUGUUUGUGUGCAGUUAAACACGCCAUGAUUGUGACGGAAUACAUGGAAAACGGAGCACUGGAUAGAUAUCUCAGGGACCGAGACGGUGAGAUUUCCUCCUUCCAGCUCGUGGGCAUGCUACGUGGCAUCGCCGCAGGCAUGAAGUACCUCUCUGACAUGAGCUACGUCCACCGCGACCUGGCGGCUCGCAACAUCCUGGUCAAUAACAACCUGGAGUGUAAAGUCUCAGACUUUGGUUUAUCCCGAGUGCUGGAAGACGAUCCCGAGGGGACGUACACCACCAGUGGAGGUAAGAUCCCCAUUCGCUGGACGGCUCCGGAGGCAAUCGCGUACAGGAAGUUCACGUCAGCCAGCGACGUGUGGAGUUUUGGUAUCGUUAUGUGGGAGGUGAUGGCGUUUGGCGAAAGGCCCUACUGGGACAUGAGUAAUCACGAGGUGAUGAAAGCCAUCAACGAGGCUUUCAGGCUACCGGCGCCCAUGGACUGUCCCUCGGCUGUUUACCAGCUCAUGCUGCAGUGCUGGCUCCAGGAUCGCUCCAAGAGGCCGCGUUUCGGGGACAUUGUCAGCCUGCUGGACAAACUCCUACGGAGUCCAGACUCCCUCAAGACCAUUGCUGACUUUGAUCCACGCGUAUCCAUCCGCCUGCCCAGCGUCAGCGGUCCAGACGGCUCGCCUUUCAGGACCGUGUCCGAGUGGCUGGAAUCCAUCAAAAUGAGCCAAUACAGCGACAACUUCAGCUGCGCUGGCAUCGUCAGCAUGGAUCAAGUCCUGCAGAUGAAGAACGAGGACAUCAAGAACAUCGGGGUGAGGCUGCCUGGCCAUUUAAAAAGAAUCGCCUACAGCAUUUUGGGCUUGAAGGACCAGACCAGCACGCUGAGUGUGUUUGCAGUGUGAACGCCAUCACAGAGACUUGAACUCAAGCACUGAAGCUGUGCGCCCCUUUGGACUCCCAAAUUGAGCUGGAGCAAUACCGCAGGGGGCAGCACGAGCAAAAACAAACAUCCUGUACUCGCGCUCGCAGCAAACAUCGGCGAGCCAUGGAGGAAAUACGCAAAAGGACUCAAGUACUCAUUCCUUGUUUAAAAAAAAAAAAAAAGAAAGAAACAGCACUCGUGGGAAUGGCUUCACAUGCAUGGAGCAAACGCAGAAGGUGUGGCAGUGAGGGCGGGGCGGGAGAAAGGGAAGGGCCCAGCUUCCACUUCCUGUUCAUCGGGCGAGGACGUCUGAAAGUAGCUGGAGAUGACCGAAACUAAACUAAGCUAUAAUCUUGUAAGCAAAAUGAGGCUUAUGUAUGAGGUACUCUGUAAAUAAUCCACUUUUCUUUGUAUUUGGGAAUUCACCCAAACCACUGGGAUUAAAGAAUUUCUAAUGUAGCACUUGCUUUGAAAAUAUUGUGGUUUUGGUUUGUUUUAAAGUGACAGGAAAUGGCUUGUUAUGCUUUUCAAAAUGAAAAGCAAUGGUGAAAAUGAGAAGGCACUCUAUCUGAUCUGCCGGUAAUGAAGAUGGAGCGGGUAAGCGUUGCCAGAAUGCAAAAAAAAA